AUAAAACAUCGAGUGAUGCGUUCACGGCUGUUCGGGGAAAGAAGGAAGGAGAGAGUCCGUCCGGGAACCAAGGGGGAGGAAACAGGGAGGAAGAGAGAGAAAGGAGGGAGAAACCUGAGAGUAAAGAGAAGCACAAACCUCAGAUCAGCUCAUUUCUCUGCAGUCGAUCCUUUCAGAAGAAGCUGCGCUGCUGGAUGGUCACAGUUCGUCUUUUAUUCACCGGAAUCAUCGCUGGUUACAGCCAUGGAGUGCAUCAAAAACUGCUGCAAGAGCUUCAUGAAGAAGCGGGGGAAGGAGCAGGAGACCCAAGUGAUCGCUCUGAAGAUGCCUCCAGAUCAGGUGGAAACUUCAGCACUUGCAGAGACGAGGAGAGGAGUUACAGAAGAUUACCUCCUUUCCAAGCUGCCGCCGGACGGUCGAGAGGUUCCCUUUGUUCUGCCGACCUUCAGAGCUUCAUACAUCCAACCCAGAGGACCCCAAUACCCCAAUCUACAGUCCGGCCUGCAGAGUUCAGCUCGCAGCACGUAUGCAGAGAGGAAGGCCGAGCUGCUGGGCACCGGUCACUUCACCUACAGCCCCGAGUCCAGCACCCGUCAGGGUCAGAUGACCGAGUACAUCUCCCCCGGAUCGGCCCGCCGAGACACACUGAGGAGCAAAAACUCCAGUCCUCAGAGCCCAGGUUGGACCCUGAAGCCGGGCGUCCAGCAGCGACUCAGCAGCUCCAUGUUUGAUCUGUCCAGCCCUCAGAGUCACAUGCAGCUGCAGCGCUUCGAUUCCACGUCCAGCGUCUUCAGCGGCACUUCUUCUAUGAUGAGCUCCAUGGAAAGCAGCCUUGAAUCCAUCACCCUGUCCGGAGACGAGCGCGACCUGGGGAAGGUUUGCGUUCGGCUGAGCUACCAGGAGGCUGUGGAGCAGGUGUGGAUCACCCUGGUUCAGUGUUCAGACCUAAAUCUGACUCCAGAUGGAGCAGAGCAACAAAGGAUUGGCUUUAAAGCGAUCAUCACCAUCCCCAAACCCAUCCAGUUCAAGAGCUCCGUCAAGGAAUACGCUCAGGAUGUGUCCUUCAUGGAGACCUUUGUGUUUGCGCUGCGACUCCAGCAGUUGCGAUGCAGCGCUUUGGUGCUUCGGCUGCAGACGCACAACCCAAAGAAACGUACGGUGGCCGAGUGCGUCCUCUCGCUGCGACAGCUCGACCUUCAGGAGACCGAACACUGGCUCGACCUCAACCCUCCGUCCAAAUCCUCGGUGUCGCACUCUGAGCUCCAUCUCACCACCUGCUUUCAGCCAGUCAACGGUCGCAUCCAGCUUCAGGUCCUCGCCGCCCAAAACCUCCCAGCAUCCUCCUCACCGCUCACACAAGCGUUUUUUGUCAAAGUGGAGAUGCAGCAGCUGGACCAGGUGGUGAUGAAGAAGAAGACUCGGGUGCUGAAGGCCUCAGGGGGUCAGUGUCAGUGGGCCGAGACGUUUCACUUUCUGCUGGCGUCUUUAGACCACGCUUGCUCGCUGACGGUCAAACUCUACAGUCGCAGCUCGGUCAGGAGGAAACAGUGUCUCGGACAGGUCCAUCUGGGAUUCGACAGCCCCGUCCCUGAAGCCGUGGACCAGUGGAAGGACACGAUGGCUCAUCCAGAGAAAGUGGUUUCAGGGUGGCACAGACUGAGCUCCACCUGAAGCGACUUCCGCUUCACAUGCUGCUGACGUAACGCUCUCGUGCUGCAGGUCCGGCUGCUUCCUUUUCCGGUCGACCAUCAGCUCUGAUGGACCGUAAACUGCUCUGAAUGAGCCGUAAGACACUUCAGGUGUUCAGUCAUCGCUUGUAAAUACAGUCAGGGGUUUCGAACAAAGCGUAGGUGCUGGAAAGGCUUUUGGUGUUUAGACUAAAUGAGGGAUUUUUCUUAAGAAACAGUAAAGUAUUUGCAAAAAACUAACUUAACUUAGCUGUAUAUGAUGCUGCGUUUUGUAUUACUGCUGUUUGGUGUCACUCUGCUGGAUAGAAAUUUUACAAGCAGGAAAUAGUGACCAUGAACUCACUGUUUUAGAAACCCUGUGUUAUUAGUCUGUAAAUAAGAUAAAUUUUAAAGGAUGUAAAUAGUGGUGUUCUGUAUUUUUCUUCUUGUAAACAAACACUAGAAAUGACUGUUUCUCAGUAGUUUCUCUCAGAUGCAAAUCUUUAAAAAAAAAAAAAGGUCAUAAUUAUUUAGUUUAUUUAAAAAAAAUACUAAGGAGCUUCUUAAAACAGCUGGGCUUUGUAGUUUUUAGCAAACAUUACAUAAACUGAGGAGCAAAUAGUUUGUUUGUGAAGACCAGUUUUUGGUGGAUUUAUACACAUUUGGCCAGGUAACAUUUUUCUACCGAGUGUAAUUAUUCCAGCAUUUAAGGGACUUUUGCUGACCUUUAUUUUGAAAAUCCUGGGGCUAUAUUUCAGUCUGGAUGGGCAGAAACUGAGAAUUUUGGAAAGACUGACUAGGACCCCGCUGUUUGCUACUUGUUCUUCCCUGAUUCGUGUUCAGGGUUGCAGAUAUGAUCCCUUCCUGGGGCCGUUGUAUAUCCGAAUUUUUGAAACAUUUAUCCUGCAUUUUAUAUGUUUAAAUUAUGUAAUUUUAGCAUUUAUGUAUUUAAAUGUACAGCUGUUGAUUAAAGGAACAGCUAAGAGUGAUCUAGAUGUCUAGUAAACUUUAACUUUUCAACCCAAUUUUUCCAGAUUUUAGUCGAGACAACUCUGUUCCAUUGCUGUUUUGUUUUUUUUGUUUUUUUGGUGUCUAAUCAAUAGAAAAUUGCUCAGUGGCUCACAGAUGUUAGCCUGAAAAACUACAGCAUCCAUGUUCUUAAUAAUGUAGAAGGAUGCCGCAAGUGCAACAAAUAUGCUGUAAAGUGCAACAAAUAUGCUGUAAAGUGCAACAAAUAUGCUGUAAAGUGCAACAAAUAUGCUGUAAAGUGAUGAUCAAAGUUUUUUUUUACCUUGUUAAAGUGGUGUUUUUUAGAUGCAUCAUGAAGCAAAGCACCAUUAUUGAGCAUUUCCACCUUGAAACUACAGUGUCUCGUGCAAAUUCAGACUUCCCGGGUUUCAUUCAUCACAAACCUGAAGAACCAAUCCUGUCGACUUGCAAUAUGAGACUUUUUGUAUCAUUUCUCUCCUUCAGAAUCAGUUUGAACAUGUAUAUCUGAGUGACUCCAGUACUGCAACUUUCUGUUUUCAGUAGUUUUACUGUGUCUGGUGUGCAGAGACUUCACAAAUCUGCACAUUCUAGAGAAAUCAACAGCAUAGAAUUACAUCGAAGCCAUUUUCAAGCAGGAAUGAACUAUUUUAAUGGAACAAUUUGCAAUAAAUAUGUAACUUCAAUACACCAAGAUGAGUUAUUAGGGGUUUAGUAACAGAAAAAUACAAAAAGUCACUUUAUUUAUCUUUUAAUUCCCUAAAAAUUGAGCUACAAGGUUUUAUCUUUCUCUUUAUAUGGUGUCAUGUUACUGAACAAUACAGCAGCUUUGCGCUUUUGAUAAAAGCACUUUAAUUUUUUUAAAAUGUAUUUAAUGUUGAAAGUUUUCUGUGAUUAAAAGUAGGUUUUGUUUGCAA